AAGAACUGCUCGCAAGUCAAACUCGGCCUCUUCUGCACCCCCUCGUCCUCGUCCUCUCUACUGUCCUCCUCAGCCUCCCUCGCGUCCUCCACUUCUCCUCCCGCAUCCACCUUCUCCCAAUAACCGGGAUCCGUCAAUCUGUUGAUCGCGUAGGCACACGCCGCAAACCCCCCCAGUAACGCCACCUUCUUCUUCAUCGGCUGCAUCGACAAGAACCGACUCAACACCCCGAUUACCACCAUCUUCCCAGAUCGCCGAUAAAUACUGUUUGCACCCCCCCCCAAGAGCGCCUUCUUGUCUGAGCUCCCUUGUCCUUAUCAAGCAAAAAAAAAAAAAUCCAUCGACACCCUUUCUCUAUAAACGGUUCGAAACAAAGAUGCACUAUCGCAACGCUCUCCUCAAACCUCUCAAACACCCCCACUUCGCUCUCCUCCAGUGCGCUCCCAGGAACACGACCCGCACUCUCGCCAAACGGCCACCAAGCCUCCGUCUCUGCCUCUCUGGCCUCGACGCCGAGCAAAAACUUUUUUUCGUCGCACUUUUUUCCAUUUUUCGAAGCUGCGGCCUCCUUGUAACCGCCCAAAUGUCCGCGUCCCUAGACCCGGAGAAAGCCUUCAACCUAAAAGUCCUUAAAAGACACGACCCGGAAAUCGUCGAUAUCGUCGGCCACGCUCGCCACGUCGUCAUCUACAGCUAUUUGGGCGGGCAAUGGAGCAGAGAGAACGUCUGCGGUCCACUGUUCCUGGUCAAGCGAGCCUCUGCGCCCUCCUUUCGCAUCAUGGUGAUGAACCAGAAGUAUAUCGAGCCAUUCGUGGAGGAUGUCGGGGGCGAGGACAGGUUCCAAUUCGAGGUUGAGGAGGACCUGUUAAUGUACUCGAACUCUCACUCGGAAGACAGAGGCAUUUGGUUCUACGAUAAAGAAGAGUGUCAAGAGUUUGCGAGGCUAUUGAACUUAAUUGUACCGUUGGUGAAAGACGAGUGCCGAGAGCAGUUCAGUUCUAGCGUCAAGUAUGAUCUCGAGGAGAAAGUAUUCUGGGAAGAGACCGAAUGUCCGAGGAGGCCGUGCCUGUACAAGAAGAAAAAGCCGAGGCCGCUAAUGCCAUUCGUACUGGGGAACGUGUACAGAAGCAUGAUUUCGAACAGCUGUCCGAUCUGGAUCCAUCUGAAUUCGAGGAAACCAGCAUCCAGAGACGAGUUCAAAAAAGCGGUGACGGAUUUGAUUAGGAGCGAAGACGCGUUGGAUGCAUUGUACGGUCUGUAUCUUGAGAAGAAAGAGUUACCUGGAUGUGUCUAGAAAAAGCAUACGAAAAAA